AGCCGAAGCCCCGCCCUCCAGUGUAAAGAGCCGCGCUUCCCACUGCGGUGCUCCGCUCAAAGUGGCACCCACUCACUGCUCCAGCGGGCGGCGCCCGGCACUAGCUGCGCGCUGGCCGGAGCCCCGCCCCCUGCAGUAGAGCGUGUGCCGUCAUUUCCGGCUUCUCUUCCCUCUGGUCUCGGGCGUGACCUGUGCGGGAUCAGCGUGUGUGCCGAACUCCUCGCAACCAUGGCGUCCCUUUCCCUUGCACCUGUUAACAUCUUCAAGGCUGGAGCUGAUGAAGAGAGAGCAGAGACCGCUCGGCUGUCCUCUUUUAUUGGUGCCAUCGCUAUUGGAGACUUGGUAAAGAGCACCUUGGGACCUAAGGGCAUGGAUAAAAUUCUGUUAAGCAGUGGACGAGACUCCUCUCUCAUGGUAACCAAUGAUGGUGCAACUAUUCUAAAAAACAUUGGUGUGGACAACCCAGCAGCUAAAGUUUUAGUUGAUAUGUCAAGGGUUCAAGAUGAUGAAGUUGGUGAUGGCACUACCUCUGUUACUGUGUUGGCAGCUGAAUUGCUAAGGGAAGCAGAAUCCUUAAUUGCAAAAAAGAUUCACCCACAGACCAUCAUUGCGGGUUGGAGAGAAGCCACAAAGGCAGCAAGACAGGCUCUGUUGAAUUCUGCAGUUGAUCAUGGUUCUGAUGAAGUUAAGUUCCGUCAAGAUUUAAUGAACAUUGCAGGAACAACAUUAUCCUCAAAACUGCUUACUCAUCACAAAGACCACUUUACUCAGUUAGCUGUAGAAGCUGUUCUCAGACUGAAAGGCUCUGGUAAUUUGGAGGCAAUUCAUGUCAUCAAGAAGCUAGGAGGAAGUCUGGCAGAUUCCUAUCUAGAUGAAGGCUUUCUGUUGGAUAAAAAAAUUGGAGUAAAUCAACCAAAGCGAAUUGAGAAUGCUAAAAUUCUUAUUGCAAACACUGGUAUGGAUACAGAUAAAAUAAAGAUAUUUGGUUCCAGGGUAAGAGUUGAUUCUACAGCAAAGGUGGCUGAAAUAGAACACGCAGAAAAGGAAAAAAUGAAGGAGAAAGUUGAACGUAUUCUUAAGCAUGGGAUAAAUUGCUUUAUUAACAGGCAGUUAAUUUAUAAUUAUCCUGAACAGCUCUUUGGUGCUGCUGGUGUUAUGGCUAUUGAACAUGCAGAUUUUGCAGGUGUGGAACGCUUAGCUCUUGUCACAGGUGGUGAGAUUGCCUCUACCUUUGACCACCCAGAACUAGUGAAGCUUGGAAGUUGCAAGCUUAUUGAGGAAGUCAUGAUUGGAGAAGAUAAACUCAUCCACUUUUCUGGGGUAGCACUUGGUGAAGCUUGCACCAUUGUUCUGCGUGGUGCCACUCAACAAAUUUUAGAUGAAGCAGAAAGAUCUUUGCAUGAUGCUCUUUGUGUUCUUGCCCAAACUGUGAAGGAUUCUAGAACAGUUUAUGGAGGAGGCUGUUCUGAGAUGCUGAUGGCUCAUGCUGUGACACAGCUUGCCAGUAGAACACCAGGCAAAGAAGCUGUUGCAAUGGAGUCUUUCGCUAAAGCACUGAGAAUGUUGCCAACCAUCAUUGCGGAUAAUGCAGGCUAUGACAGUGCAGAUCUGGUGGCGCAGCUCCGAGCUGCCCAUAGUGAAGGCAAUACAACUGCUGGACUGGAUAUGAAGGAAGGUACUGUUGGAGACAUGGCAGUACUGGGUAUAACAGAAAGUUUCCAAGUAAAGCGACAGGUUCUUUUGAGUGCAGCUGAAGCAGCAGAGGUGAUUCUGCGUGUGGACAACAUUAUCAAAGCAGCACCAAGGAAACGUGUCCCUGAUCACCACCCCUGUUAAACAUUCCCAUGUGCUAUUGCACUCUGGACCAGGUAGUUCAUAGCAAAGUUGUGUUUGAAAGACUUCGACCUCUUAAAGAAGACUGUGGAAUCGAAGUUUAUCUGUGGCUCUUAUAUCCUUAAGUUUGGACAUUUAACUGACCUUCUAUUUUAACAUGGGUCUAAUUUAUUUGCUGUUUCAUUUUCCAUAAAAUUCAGUUGAUUUAAAAGUUCAUUUCUCAUGCUCUGCAUCAAAAUAAAAAUUUGAAAAGUUAU